AUGCUCGGCGGGGACGGGGAGAGCAGCAGCUUCUCUGCGGCGAGGGAAGCCGCGGAGGACCGGCGCAAGUCCCCGGCUGUGGGGGGGGACGACCCGGCUGCGGGCAGCAGGUACGCGGCGCACGGGAUGGGGGCUGACCGGUCCUACUACAUCCCUCCGGCGGGGUCCAAACCCAGUCCCGAAGCCCCGAGCCCCUGCUCCUUCCUCCCCUACACGCCCAGUGGGUCGGUUUACGCCGCGUCCAGCGCGGGCAGGUACCCCUCACCCCUCCACCUGGGCUCCGUGCUGCCCCCCGCGGGGUUCCCCCCCUCCGCGGCCGGGCGCAGUCACUUCAGCCCGGCGUACCAGCUCGGGCAGAGCCCCGGCUGCAUCUACGCGCCGUACAGCAGCUCCGGGGCGGCUCUCGGCGGCCUCCCGCUGCCCGGCGCCGGCCCCGGGAUGAGGGCCCAGGUGUACCUCUGCAACCGGCCGCUGUGGCUCAAGUUCCACCGGCACCAGACCGAGAUGAUCAUCACCAAGCAGGGCAGACGGAUGUUCCCGUUCCUCAGCUUCAACAUCGCCGGCCUCAGCCUCACGGCGACCUACAGCGUGUUCGUGGAGGUGGUUCUGGCCGACCCGAACCACUGGAGGUUCCAGGGGGGCAAGUGGGUCACCUGCGGCAAGGCGGACAACAGCGGCCAAGGAAACAAAGUCUACAUCCACCCAGAGUCCCCCAACACGGGGGUCCACUGGAUGAGGCAAGAAAUCUCCUUCAGCAAACUGAAGCUCACCAACAACAAAGGGACCAGCCACAGCACCUCUCAGAUGAUGGUCCUGCAGUCGCUGCACAAGUACCAGCCGCGGCUGCACAUCGUGGAGGUGUCGGAGGACGGCGCGGAGGAACCGGGCAGCGACGCCCCGACGCAGAGCUUCACGUUCCCGGAGAACCAGUUCAUCGCCGUGACGGCCUACCAGAACACCGACAUUACUCAGCUGAAGAUUGAUCACAACCCUUUUGCCAAAGGAUUCAGAGAUAACUACGACUCGAUGUACACAGCUCAAGAAAACGACCGCCUGACGCCGUCUCCCACCGACUCGCCCCGCGGGGCCCACCAGAUCGUCCCCGGGGCCCGCUACACCAUGCAGCCCCUCUUCCAGGACCCGUUCGUCAACAACCUCCCCCAGAACCGCUUCUACAACAGCGAGCGAGCCGUGCCGCAGACCGGCAGCCUCCUCUCGCCUCCGGCGGAGGACGGAGCGUCUCAGAGGUGGUUCGUCACCUCCGUGCAGCAAGGGGGCGCCGGCGGCAAGCUGGACCUGGCGCCCUACGAGGGAGAGUACUCCGGCCCCCUGCUUCCUUACGCGAUCAAAUCCCUCUCCAUGCAAACGUCCCACGCUCUGGGCUACUACCCGGACUCUCCGUUCGCCUCCGUGUCGACGGGGUGGGGGUCCAGAGCGGCGUACCAGAGGAAGGUCUCUCCCGGCCUGCCCUGGUCUCCCAGGCCCAGCCCAGAAGACUCAAACAAAGUGAAGGCCCAGGCCGAAGAGGAGGCGGCCGGCAGCCUCAUCUCCUCCUGGACGGACGCACAGUCGCCGGCUCUGUCCUCGGAUAAGGCCGACUCUUAUUCUGCCGCCUGCAAGCGAAGGCGCGUGUCCCUCGGCGGGCCCGGCCCGGAGGACUCGCCCUCCGACAUCAAGUGUGUGGACUCGGCCUCCGUCGCCAUCAACAGCAGCUCCUCCGCCAAAGGCGUGGCGGCGUACUAUUCCUUCUACACAAACCCGUGA